AGGAAAGCUAGGUGACACAGCACAAGUUAAGAAUUUUCUAAGAAACUCACACUUUUUUUUUUGUAUAUUUGAUAUAUUUUGAAGAUCUUCUCUUUUCGCGUGUUAUGUCGGACCAAUCCAAUGGUUUCGACUCCAGGCUGCUAUGUCCACCACUCCACCAGAAAGCGCUGCGGGUGUGCUUCCUGCGGAACGGAGAUAGGCACUUUAAGGGCGUUAAUAUGGUCAUCUCCCGAGCCUACUUCAAGGACCUGCAGGCGCUGCUGCAAGGAGUCACCGAGUCCCUAGAGCGCCACGUGGUUCUGCGAUCAGCAAUCGAGCAUUUCUGCCGCACCGACGGAUCGCCUCUAACAUCACUGAGUGAUUUCCGCGAAACCGACAUUGUGAUUUGCUGCUGUAAGAACGAAGAGUUGGUUUGGGUCAAGUACAGCGUCAACAAGGACUUCCAAGGAAUGGUGGCUUCUUGUAAACGUUGGCGCCAACGUCGCUUGAAGAGCAUGAUGCCCUACGACCUGCCCGAGGCCAUACAGCUUUACAUCGAGAGUCUGGAGCCGGUGGUGCGAAACACAAGUACGCUGAUAUAUCGCGGACAAUCCAGGGUCAGCAGGACCAAGUGCAUCGUCAAGAUGGUGGACAAGCAGGGCAAGAGCUGCGACUGCGGAGGUACCUAUAUGGAGGCGGAGGUGCUGCGGCAGCUGCAAUCGCAUCCACACAUCAUUGAACUGAUGUACACGGUAGAGGAGGAGCGCUACAUGUACAUGGUGCUGGAGCACCUGGACUGUGACAUGCAGCAGGUGAUGCAGGAGCUCGGUAUCCUGGCGGAGCAGAGUGCCAGAUCGGUGAUGAGAUGCGCGGUAGCGGCACUGGCGCAUAUGCACCAGCUCCAGGUGAUUCAUCGGGACAUCAAGCCGGAGAAUCUGCGGGUCUGCUUCACCUCCGGCGCGUGGAACUUCGAAAUGGUCAAAGUGGCGGACUUUGGCUUGGCCACUUACUAUCGUGGCAGCGAGUUGUACACCUGCUGCGGCACUCCAGGCUACAUGGCACCCGAGAUGAUGGCCAUGUCGGGCUACGGUCACCAGGUGGACGCCUGGUCGCUGGGAGUUACUCUGUUCUACAUGCUCUGCGGUCAGAGGCCCUUUGCCAGCGCUAGCCAAGAUGCGCGUGAGAUCUAUGCUGCGAUCAUGAGUGGUGGGCCCAGCUAUCCGAAGGACAUGGAAGGAGUCCUGAGUCCAGAGGCCAGCCAGCUGAUCGACGGACUGCUAGUGAGCAAUCCCAACUAUCGUUCCACCAUCGCUGAGCUCGGACAGCAUCCGUUCCUGGCCCUAUAGCGCUGUUACCAAAUUUUGCGUAUUGGAUUGUUUAGAUUUGAUAAAGAUGGAUAAAUUUGAAUAGGUUCAGGUUAGGCCCAGCACAAUAGCCGAAGAUUUAUGGUGGCAGUGAACGGUUUUAAUUGGCUUAAUGCCGUCAAAAUUAACUACGCAUGACCCAACCGAUGACUGCACAGCGAUACUUGUAUGGACACAUAUAUAUUUGUUAUUAACGUCACAA